GUGAUGGUUUAUGCAUGAAUGGUGGAGUAUGCAACGUCAACAGAUUCUAUGUUGAGUCUUGUUCGUGUCCUGAUGGAUACAGUGGAGAAGUGUGUAGCAACAAGGAUGGUUUUUCAACUUUAGUGAUUAUCGCUAUAGUUCUUGGAGCUGUUGGAGCAUUGAUAUUUGUAAUUUUACUGGUAGUUAUUGUUUGUAUAAUGAUCCCAAGUCAGAGAACUAAUCCAGUGUAUGAUAACCGCAAUGUACGUACAAGAGGACAACCUUAUAAACCUAGAGGGAAGUCAAACCGUCAAAGUGAAAUGAUGUACAGUAGAUCAUAUUUUGACCAAGACCAACAGGUAAAUUUAUCAAUCAUUAAGUACAAUCUUCUGUGCACAACAUGAAAUGAGAAAUAAAUACCGUAAAGGGUAAAACUGCAGUCUUUUACUGAAAUGAACUUGACAAUGGCUUCAUAAUUGAAUCACAAUUUAUUUUUUUUUAAAUUAAAAAAAAAAAAUGAUUUAGAUUUUGUUAAUAAUA